GAAGCUGAUAAUCUUUCUGCAUGAUUAACCGAUGAAAAAUCCACAACUGACUGAUAACGAACUAUCAAAUUUUAGAACUCGUCGCCAUCAUUCUCAUUUGGAAUAAUGUGGUAUGAUAAUCCUAGUAGUCAAGAGUUCUUAUCUGUUCGAGGAAAACGUCAGUAGGAAAGACCAACAAGAAAUCAAAACAGUAUCUGUGAGCAGCAGAGACACAAACUCUUUCCGGUAAAAAUCUUUAGACAGUGAUGGAUUCUCUUCUCCAAUUCCUGUUGAUUUUGUUCUCCACCCUCCUUGCUCUUUUAUUCUCUGUUUACUUUUAUGGCUUAAAGAGACCAACAACUGGUAAGGCAAGAAGCUUCAGUAGUGCGCCCCAAGCUGGAGGUGCCUGGCCAAUAAUUGGCCACAUGCAUCUCUUUGGUGGCAAGCAACUGACUCACAAAAUACUGGGUGCCAUGGCUGAUAAGUAUGGACCAGUGUUUACUAUCAAGCUAGGUUCACAUAGAGUUUUGGUUGUGAAUAGUUGGGAAAUGGCCAGGGAUUGUUUCACCGUGCAUGACAGAGCUUUCUCCAGUAGACCAAGCAUUGCUGCCUCAAAACUGCUUGGCUAUGACUUGGCUAUGUUCGGCUUUGCUCCUUAUGGGCCUUACUGGCGUGAGAUGCGCAAAAUAACUACAAUUGAGCUUCUGUCAAGCCACCGGAUUGAUAUGCUGAGGCACAUACGAGCUUCAGAAGUAGAGACUGCUAUAAGAGAUCUUCAUAAGAUGUGGGUCAGCAAAGGCAGUGCAGAAAGUGGAGUUACGGUGGAUAUGAAGCAAUGGUUUGGAGAACUGACACUUAAUAUUGUUUUGAGAAUGGUGGGAGGGAAGCGUUAUUUUGGACCAAGUGCUGAUGGCGAAGAGGCAGAGGCACGAAGAAAUCAAAAGGUUAUGAGAGACUUUGUUCGUUUGUUUGGGGUUUUUGUGCUGUCUGAUGCAAUACCAUUUCUUGGUUGGUUGGACUUUAAUGGAUACGAGAAAGCCAUGAAGAGAACUGCUAAAGAGCUGGACAUUCUUGCCGGAGGAUGGCUGGAAGAGCAUAAACAGAGGAGAUUGUUGGGUGGGAAGGAGAAGCAAGAACAGGAUUUUAUGGAUGUGAUGCUGGAUAUCUUGGAAAAGGCCAAUAUUGGCGGUUUUGAUGCAGAUACCAUUAACAAGGCUACUUGCCUGGUAAGUUUGCUUUAAAAUUUUCUUCAUUCCCGUACACAAGAUAUUGGCUGCGUAAUUGUAAAUCAUGUUCAGCUUUUAGCUUCAUCUCAAGAGUCUCUGGUGAUCUUUGCAAAAUGUCCACGGAACUGUAGUUUUGCAGCUACUAAUUAAAUUUACACAGGAGGCCUGUAGUUUUAUUAUUCGGACGAGGCAUUUUUGGUCAGUGAAAAAAAGAUUAUCAGUUUUAGAUUCCAUUAUUAUUAUCUGGAUUGUAGAAUGUUAGGGAGACAGCAUGGCAGGUGAUCGUAAUGCAGUCUUGAAUCCAGGUUCAUCCAGACAUAAAUAGCAUGUUUUUGUAUUUAUCAAAAGUCAAGAUUUCUGAUUUAGCAGAAUACAAUACAGAACAGUUUGCUUUAGGUCUAUACUCUUUGAGAAUUCUGUAGAGC